UUAGCGAAAAAUAAUCUCCCGAAUUCCGCGCAAGGCAGAGUCUCGUCCAACAGACUCUGGGAGGAGCUUUCGAGGCGAUUAAAUGCGGAAGGGCCACCAGUUAAGGAUGCUAAGAUGUGGAGGAAAGCUUUCGCAGAUCAAAAGUAUCAGGCAAAAAAGAAGCUUUCUUUCAACAAGUCGUCCAAGCAGCGGACUGGUGGGGGACCCUACCAAGAAAAGGUCAUCACUGCCGCUGAAGAAAUGAUUAUUGAGGCAGCUGGCCUUGAAGUGUGUGUAGAAGGCAACAAAAGCGUACCAGCGUUCGGCAGUAUUCCGGCUACACAGGCCUCUACAAAUUCCAGCGGCAGUAAUGCGAGUAGCGACGAAGAAUCCCUCAGCUCUUUGCCUGGUCCAUCAACGGCUGUUUACACUCCCAGGGGUAGGAAAACCCCUCAAUCCAAAACUCCGCGGAAAAAAAGUGGGAGCGAUGAAAAGUUGGCGCUGCUCCAAGAAAAUGUGAAAUCCGUGUCCGACUUUCAUAGAAAUCUAGACACAAAGGUGGACAAAUUGUUGGAAACUCAAGAGAAGUUACUGCUGGUGCAAAAACGAAUGUUAGAGAUAAAAGAGGAGAAGCAUCGUAGCCAACAAGAGGCGCGCGAAAUAGACUUACAAAUUAAAAGGUUUUAUGGUUAA